CGGCAGAUGCGGCGCCUUCAGGCGAUCGGUCCGACAGAGCUGUUGGGCCUCGCCGACCGUCGCUAUGUCGCGGCAGAGCACCCUGUACAGCUUCUUCCCCAAGUCUCCGGCGCUGAAUAAUGCCAACAAGGCUCCGGCCAGGGACUCAAGCGAAGACGGCGCCGCCGUCACCAGGGCCUCCCCUUCCCCCAGCGGGGAUGCGUCCCGGAGCCAGGCCGUGCCUGGGCCCAGGCCCCUGGCGGGCUCCGGGUCGCUGCCCGAGGCGAAGAACCUCAACGGAGGGCUGCGGAGAUCGGCAGCGCCUGCGGCCCCUUCCAG